UCGGUCUUUACAAAAGCCUAGAAAUCCCUUCCCUUCCGUCGUUCUUCCUUUCUGCUCUACUGCGCCGGAGGUGCUACGGUCGUUACCCUACGCCAUGGCGGAGGAGAAAUACAACCUCAAGAACCCAGCGGUGAAGAGAAUUCUUCAAGAAGUGAAGGAGAUGCAAUCCAACCCUUCCGAUGAUUUCAUGAGCCUUCCUCUCGAGGAGAAUAUAUUUGAAUGGCAGUUUGCAAUCAGGGGUCCUGGCGACACUGAGUUUGAAGGAGGAAUAUAUCAUGGACGGAUCCAACUACCAGCAGAGUAUCCGUUUCAGCCUCCUGCGUUCAUGUUGCUAACACCAAAUGGUCGUUUUGAAACGCAGACCAAGAUUUGCUUGAGUAUAUCAAAUCAUCAUCCUGAACACUGGCAGCCAUCAUGGAGUGUACGUACUGCCUUAGUAGCACUGAUCGCAUUCAUGCCCACUAAUCCGGAUGGAGCGCUGGGCUCUCUAGAUUAUAAGAAGGAAGAGCGGCGUGUGCUUGCCAUCAAGUCACGUGAGGCAGUUCCAAAAUUCGGGACUCCCGAACGGCAAAAACUAAUUGAUGAGAUUCACCAAUAUAUGCUAAGCAAGGCGCCACCCAUUCCCCAACUUCCCCCACCUCAACCCUCUGAUGAGAACUCAAGCGACAGAGAAGCUGAAGCACAGACGAGUCCUGAAAAUGCCGACGGUGUAGUAGCUCCAAUUGAGGAGCAUCCAAACCCACAACCAGAGCCGAGGAUCAUGGAAGACGUGCAUGAGGUCCACGUAAACGCAAAUGCAGGCCCCUUGCAAGUCAGCUUCAGUGCAGGAUUCAGGUUGUCUAGAGAGGUGCCGGAAGCAGGUCCAAGCGAGCAGCUGCAAAGGGCUGAUGCAAGAGUUCAGGUUUCAGCAGAUGAUCGGCUGUUCACGUGGGCUGCUGUUGGACUGACGGUGGCCAUUGUUGUUCUAUUGGUGAAGAAGUUCUUGAAAGCCAAUGGGUAUUAUAUGGAUGGACUGUAAACUAAGAUGGGGAGCGUAGGCUUGGGGUUGAUGUUUUUAUAGCUAGAUUGAAUUUCUUGGUAUUGAUUUCUCUUUCUAAAGAGCAAUUGAUAAAUAUGUUUUUGUUUUUGUUUUUGUUUUUUAAAAUUGACGGUGGGGAUGUACACAUUGGUAAUAAUAUAGAACAGCGGCCUAGUGGUCUUUUAUGAAGCA